UUAUUCCGAACUCAAAAUAAAAUCGUGGCAAAUGAAAUCCAUGUAAACAUGUCACUAUUAACAAAACAUUGGUGUAAAAAUUAUGAUUUUAAACGAAAACAAAAGUAAAGAAAUCCUUAUCAACGAAUCUCAAUCUGUGAUUGUGAAGAUGGACAGCUCGGGACUGUCGGGGUCAUUGCUCAAGUAUGUAAGCCUGGUGUUGCUGACUGUCCAGAAUGCUGUGUUCAUCCUAUCCAUGCGCUAUGUGAGAACACGGGCUGGCGACAUGUUCUUCACCACUACCGCUGUCAUACUUCAAGAGGCCAUCAAGUGUCUCAUUAGCAUGAUCAUCAUACUGGUGCAGGAGCGGUCAGUGUUUGGCUGGUUGAGACAUCUCCAUGAAAACAUCGUCCUGCAGCCCCUGGACUGUGUCAAGGUGUCCCUACCCUCCCUGGUGUACAUGCUGCAGAACAACCUCAUCUUCAUUGCUGUCUCCAACCUCGAUGCAGCAGUAUUUCAGGUUACAUACCAACUGAAGAUCCUGACCACUGCUGUUCUCUCCGUGAUCAUGCUGAAGAAGGUGCUCAGCAGAAUACAGUGGGGAGCCCUGGUCAUCCUGUUUGUGGGUGUUUCUGUUGUCCAGCUCCAGCCAGAGGACACCCACAAGGUCAAGGUCACAGUUGACCAGAACCCACUUGUGGGGCUGGCAGCAGUAAUAACAGCUUGCGUCAUGUCGGGUUUUGCCGGCGUGUACUUUGAGAAGAUAUUGAAAGGUACACAGCAGUCUGUAUGGCUAAGGAAUGUGCAACUUGGCGGCUUUGGAGCGUUUGUGGGCUAUAUCACCAUGGAGCUAAGCGAUGGUCAACAGGUUCGAGAAAAGGGAUUCUUCCAUGGUUAUGAUGAAUGGGUGUGGUUUGUGAUAUUGCUGCAGUCUGGCGGGGGUCUGAUAGUGGCAGUGGUUGUUAAAUAUGCUGAUAACAUCCUGAAAGGGUUUGCAACUUCUGCUUCCAUCAUUAUAUCUUGCAUUGGGUCUAUAUUUUUCUUUGGCUUUAGUUUGUCUUUAGAAUUCUGCGCUGGGGCAUCAUUAGUAAUUAUCUCCACCUACCUAUAUAGCAAGUAUGUGCCCUCAAACCCAAAGUCACCCAUCCUUCCCACAGCGCAGAAGGAAAUUCAGAGCUAAAGUAUCUCAAACCCAAAGUCACCCACCCUUCCCACAACACAGAAGGAAAUUCAGAGCUAAAAUAUAAUGAAUUAUCAUAAGUAUUAAAGGACUUCAACUGGAGUCCAUUCACAAUAAGCCUUUCGCUCAUCUGUUGUUUUUUAUCUUUGCCUAAAAAACUUUCUCUUUAUCCAACAAGCAGAUACCUCUGUAUAAAUUAGUCGCAAUCUGGGCCAAAUGCAUGUGUAUGAAGUGUUAUCCUUGACCAGCCUCUGCGGACUGCACAUGUGUAUGAAGUGUUAUCCUUGACCAGCCUCUGCGGACUGCACAUGUGUAUGAAGUGUUAUCCUUGACCAGCCUCUGCGGACUGCACAUGUGAAUAAAGUGUUAUCCUUGACCAGCCUCUGCGGACUGCACAUGUGUAUGAAGUGUUAUCCUUGACCAGCCUCUGCGGACUGCACAUGUGUAUGAAGUGUUAUCCUUGACCAGCCUCUGCGGACUGCACAUGUGUAUGAAGUGUUAUCCUUGACCAGCCUCUGCGGACUGCACAUGUGUAUGAAGUGUUAUCCUUGACCAGCCUCUGCGGACUGCACAUGCAUAUUGCUCUGUUUUCCAACACUCUGCCACCUAUCUUUGUUUAUGAUGUACAGUAACUGUUGCUGACCAUUUAUAUUAUACCAAAGAGGCUUUUACUUAGUGCAGGAUUCAAAAGAGUGUGUUAUUUUGAAGACUGCAUUUGUAUUCAUUAAUAUGUUGUGAAUAGAGUUUUUCUCAAAGUCAUAUUUUAAUAUAGGAAAAAAGGAUUCAUUUAGCACUAUCCUCAUUGACAUGGGUAAUUUAACUUAACAACAUCAACCUUUAAAUAGUGAAAUCUACUAACAAAACUUAUUGUAAAUAUAUACUUCAUUUGCUUCUGUAGCAUGUAUUUGUUAGCCUGAUUGGCAACAAAUCCUUAUUAUUCUUCCAGUACAUAUUUGUGUAUUUCAUCAUCUGAAUAAUUUCAUUUAUUAUCAUUUAUGGCAUCAAAUAUAGAAGAAACCUAUUGUCUCUAGGAGUAUCAAAUUGUCCCUGAAUUUUUUAAAGAGAUUUUUUAUGGGUACACCAUCACAACAAAAGCCUUUUUAUAUCAACAACAGUGAUUAUGAAAUUGGUUACACUCAAGGUUUUUCACACCUUAGGCUUUAAAAUCAUAAUCAAAGAGGAAUAUUCUGUCUGAAACUGCAAGGCCGAGAAAUGUAUGAUUUGUCGCUUAAUCUCAAAUAAAGUGGUCUUUGUAGAUCAUAGAUUGCUUAUUGUGUGCCCUGUAAUACAAACAUCUCUAAAGGAGGCAAAUGGGUGAUUAGGUCUCUGCAUUUUGAGCGUCAAUGUUCUGUCUUUCCUCUUUACAUUCCAGUUUUGUGUUAAGUUUUUAUGCCCCCGGAUCGAAAGAUCGGGGGUAUAUUA